AUGAUGGUAGGAACUAGGGCGCGAGUGACUAGUGUUUUACUAUUUUCUGGAAUAGCUUGCGCAGGAAUUUUGGAUAAUUUCAAUUGGGCAAGAUCAGAUAGAAUAGAAGUGAAUUUGCCGUGGUUACCAUUUGAAAAUGAAACGCGUUGUUAUGACGAACUUGGAUGUCUCAAUAUCACCAGAACCUGGUACCACCUGAUUAACAGACCUUUUAAUGUAUUUCCCUUGCCAAGAUCUGUGAUAAAUACUAGAUUUAUAUUAUAUACACGACUAAAUCCGUCUGACGGUCAGUUAAUUAGAGCCAACAAUCAGUCAAUAGAACGAUCUAAUUUAGAUAUUAAGAAAAAAACUAAAUUUAUUAUUCAUGGAUUUAUAGAUACACCAUUAUCGAAUUGGGUAAGUACAGAGAUUUUUUAUUUCAUUAAAACUUUGAAUUAUUAG